AUGAAAGCUUCAGCAACAAUCCUUGGAUGUCUUCUUAUUGGCGUCUCUGAGUCCUUUGUGCUUCGUCCAUUGGUUCCUCCAAGAACUGCAUCUUGUCAUGUCCUGAGUGCGACCAACCAACAUCAUGAAUUCAAGCCAGAUUCGUACCACAAAGGAGGGAACUCUCGUUACACGGCCCCAGUGGUAGAGCCUGCUCGAUUGAAUAUGGAUGGUGGCGAAGAAGAAGAGUGUUUGGAGCCAUUUAUUGAUCAUGCCACCGGAGAUGAACUUUGCUGGAAUGAAGAACCCACUCAUCCACGCAAUGUGAUUGCCAACAAGGAAACAUUGGUGGAUAGUAGUAGUAGUAUUCCUACGCGCUUUGUCAGUCCAGAUGUGGCAGAUGAUUAUCACAAGGGAGGAAAUGCUCUCUACCAAGCAACCGAUGCUCCUACCAAACUAGACGAAGAAUGCGAAACUCCGUUCAUGGACUUUGUGUCGGGAGAUGAACUCUGCUGGAAUGACUAUGACAUGACUGCCUAG